CGCUAAGGCACGCAGCGCCCCCCUCGAAGAAGCCUCUGCUUGAAAAUAUCAUUUGAAAUUUAAAUUUCACUUCAAUUAAUUUCGUCUCGAUUCGGUUCGCUUCGGCUCGGCUCGACUCGGCUAAGGACUGUCUCGUUCUCUGACUAUAUAGAGCAGCAUAUAUAUAUAGGGCGCCGAGCGCAGUGUUCUGUGUCAAAGCAUCGCAAGAUGUUGUCAGUGUCGCGCUCAUKCUCGCUGCUGCUGCUCUGCCUGCUACUGCCGCUGCAGCAGAGCUCGGCCAGAGUCUUCGAGCGCUGCGAGCUGGCUGCCCUGCUGCAGCAGCGAUACGGAAUGCCCGCCGCCCAGGCCGCCACGCUGGUGUGCAUUGCCCAGCAUUCGAGUGAUCUGAAUACGGCUGCCUUUGGCGGUGGCAGCGGACCGGGCGGCGGCUCGCACGGCCUCUUCCAGAUAAGCGACGUCUACUGGUGCUCGCCUCCGGGCCACGGCGCUGGCUGUGGGCUGAGCUGUUCGCGUUUGCGCGACGACGACAUUGCGGACGAUAUCGCGUGUGUGCGUAAAAUCUAUGCGGAGCAUCAGCGCAUCUCCGGAGAUGGCUUCACCGCCUGGCAGGCCUACAAUGCGUACUGUCGCCAGGAUGCCGCUUCCUAUGUGGCUGGCUGUGGCAAUUCCAAUGCUCUGCAGGUGGCUGCCUCCUACCAGCAGGCGCAGCACGCGCACCAGCAACAGUUGCAGGUGAGCUAUUAUCAUCAGCAACCGCUACAGCAUCAGCAGGCGUUGGCUCCAGCGCAGAAUCAGGGCAAGAUCUAUAGCCGCUGUGAGCUGGCGCAGGAGCUGUUCUACCAGCACAAGCUGCCCAUGCAGCAGAUACCCACCUGGGUGUGCAUAGCCCAGCACGAGUCCUCCUACAACACGGCGGCAGUGGGUCGUCUGAAUGCCGAUGGCAGUGCGGAUCACGGCCUGUUCCAGAUCAGCGAUCUCUACUGGUGCACACACGACCAGCGCGGCGGCAAGGGCUGCCAUGCUGCCUGCAAUCAGUUCCUGGACACCAGCAUCGCGGACGAUGUGCAGUGCAUACGCCGCAUCUAUCAGGAGCACACACAGAUUUCGGGCGACGGAUUCACGGCGUGGACUGUCUACAAUCGGGACUGUCGCAACCAGCGCUACGAGCAGGUGGCCGCCUGCUUUGCCAAGCCGCCUCUAGUGGCCCCUGCCACGCAUCCUAAUGCCAUUGCCGGGGGCAGCAAGGUCAGCUAUGCCUAUCCGUUUGCGCAGCCGCAGCUGCUGGCUCCUGCCACGACGCCGAAUCCCUACUACAGGCCGACCCACAAGCAGAUCACCUAUCAAGCAGUGCAGGCUGUGUCCAGUUAUCAGAGCAAUCCCUUCCUGCGCCCUCGCCUGCCUUCGCCCACGUCGCACACUCAGUCGCAUCCCAAUCUCAUUGGCAGUCCUGUUAAGUCGCAUUUCGCAAACGUUUAUAGCACGCCAGUAACGAAUCCGUUGCUCGCCUACAAGCACCACACAACACCAAAACAACAAAUACAGCAGCUACACUAUUCAUACCAACAACAGCAACAACAACAACAACACUAUUACACAACACCUAAGCGAGCUGGUAAAGUUUAUAAACGCUGUGAAUUGGCCCAAGAGUUGUAUUUCUCACACAAGUUUCCAAUGCAGGAUUUAGCUACUUGGGUGUGCAUCGCAGAGCAUGAGUCCCGUCUGGAUACGUCGGCGGUGGGGCGACUGAAUGCGGACGGCAGCGCGGAUCACGGUCUCUUCCAGAUCAGCGAUCUCUACUGGUGCACGCAUGGCGGGGGCGCCGGAGGCAAGGGCUGUCACAUCGACUGCGAUCGUCUACUGGACUCGGAUAUCUCCGAUGAUGUCAAGUGCAUUCGGACAAUACACGAGGAACAUACACGCAUCUCUGGCGAUGGCUUCACAGCCUGGACAGUGUAUAAUCCCCAUUGCAGGGAUCGUAGCCGAGCAGAGAUUGCGAGCUGUUUCGAGCCGAGUGAGUUGGAAAAGGAGCCUGUAAGACCAGUGAAGCCCGCAAAGCCGGCAUAUACUGAACUGGUAAGGAAACCUAAGCCCAAGGGCAAGAUCUACAGUCGCUGUGAGUUGGCAAAGGAAUUGUAUCACAAGCACAAGGUGCCCAUGCAAGAGGUACCCACCUGGGUGUGCAUAGCGCAGCAUGAAUCUUCCUUCAACACAGCUGCAGUGGGCCGACUGAAUGCGGACGGCAGCGCGGAUCACGGUCUCUUCCAGAUCAGCGAUCUCUACUGGUGCACACAUGGCGGAGGCGUCGGAGGCAAGGGCUGUCACAUAGAUUGCGAUCGCUUACUGGACUCGGAUAUCUCCGAUGAUGUCAAGUGCAUUCGGACUAUACAUGAGGAACAUACGCGAAUAUCAGGAGAUGGCUUCACCGCCUGGACAGUGUACAAUCCUCAUUGCAGAGAUCGUAGCCGAGCAGAGGUUGCCAGUUGCUUUGAGCCAAACGAGAUAGAAAAGGAGCCCAUAACACCAGUAAAGCCCGUAAAGCCGGCAUACACUGAACUGGUAAGGAAACCUAAGCCCAAGGGCAAGAUCUACAGUCGCUGUGAGUUGGCAAAGGAAUUGUAUCACAAGCACAAGGUGCCCAUGCAGGAAAUACCCACCUGGGUGUGCAUAGCUCAGCAUGAGUCUUCCUUCAACACAGCUGCAGUGGGUCGACUGAAUGCCGAUGGCAGCGAGGAUCAUGGAUUGUUCCAGAUCAGCGAUCUCUACUGGUGCACGCAUGGCGAGGGCGGUGGCAAGGCCUGCCACAUUGAAUGCGAUCGUUUGCUGGACUCUGAUAUUACGGAUGAUGUGCAAUGCAUUCGCACUAUACACGAGGAGCACACGCGCAUAUCGGGUGAUGGCUUCAACGCUUGGACCGUAUACAAUGGUCACUGUAGAAACCAAAACUUGGCCCAGUUGAGUGAUUGCUUUACAGGCAAUGAGAUUUCCGAGGCACAGAAGCCCAAUCACUAUGCGAAGCCACCGAAGGCGCCUGUCCAGCAGCACCAGGCUGUUGUAAAGAUCGCAGCUAAUCAUGACUAUGGCGCAAAUCCUUUUCUACAACGUCUGAGCGCAGCACCGACUGCGAGACCUCCAACAGCCAAGCCUACAACCGCCAAGCCUGUCAAGCCUCCAGCCCAUGUUGCUGUGGUACCCAAUCAUCCAUUUGGCGCAAAUCCCUUCUUGCAGUUACUCAAACCUCAGCAGCAACCUGCAGUAGUCAAGCCCGUAGCUCGGCCUGUUGCAUCUAUUGGGCAAGCAGCUCCAUCGAAAACCGAAUAUAGUCAUAAUCCCUUUUUAAAACCUUUUAAUAAACCUUCAACUAGCACUAUUCAAGCCUCAGUUGUAAAUAAGCAAACAGUUCUAUCUAGUCCAUCCUCAGCUGUAUCAAAUACAUUCUUGAGUCUUGUUAAUAAGCCAGAAGCCGAUAAACACAAAAUAUCUACGACUUCUAGACCUGUAAAGGCUACGCAUCAUCCUUAUAUAAGCAGCGAUAGCUUUCGACAGGAGAUUAUUAAAUUUACGGCCACGUCGUCAGCAGCGACGACAGGUCUGCAACAAUCAAGCAAAAAAACAACAGCGAUUACAACAAAGCCAUCAACAACACACAAAACAACAGCUCACUCAACAACAACCACUAUUCGACCCCAUACAACAACAGCUCGUCCAUUUACCACAAUUAGGCCAGCUACUACUUUGAAAGUGACAACUCGUUCGCCAACAACCCGGAUAUCGACAACAACAGCGCGUUCGAUACCAACAACACGCCGUGUCACAACAACAACAGCAGCGAGGAAAACUACCUCCAGAUCCACAACUCAACAUACAACUGCAAGACCCACAGCUCGUACUACUACAGCCAGAUCCACAACGCGAACUACAACUCGUCUCACUACGCGUACCACAACGAGGACUACAGCUCGUCCUACAACUCGUUCCACAACUCGUUCUACGCCUCGACCCACGGCGCCAGCCCCAACACGAACCACAGCGAGGACUACAGCUCGGCCUACCACAAGAGCUACAACUCGUCCCACAACUCGUACUACACCUCGUACCACAACGCCGGCCACAGCUCGUACUACAACUCGUACUACUACUAUUCGUCCCACAACUCGAGCCCCAACUCAUACUACAACUCGUACCACAGCGCGGACUACAGCUCGUCCUACAAUCAGAGCUAUAACGAGAUCCACGACAUCAACAAAGCCUGCAACGCGUUCUACAACAACGACACGUUCCACGACUGCCAGACCAACAGUUCGUUUAACAACCACAAGAUCCACAACACUUCCUACGAAAGCAAGCCACACUGCACGUUCUACAACGCGAACCACACGUUCCACAACAGUUGCGCCCACAACACGCUCUACAACAACAAGACCCACAACACGUUCCACGACAAGAAUUACAACACAGUCAACAACAACGAGGCCCACACUCCGCUCUACAACAACCUGGCAUCCAUUUGCAGCAACGCCAACAACAGCUGCAGCUCGCCCCAGCCUGAGAACGUCUACCACCUAUAGAACCACAACUCGUCCAUCGACAACAGCUCGGCCAAGCACCACCAAAAAGCCUCAUCCAUUCAUCGUCCCAUCGACCACGCCACGACCUUACUUGUUUACCUCAACUAAGUCACACACAACCACGCCAACUCUUCGCCCCACAAGCACUGUGAGGAGUGCUACGACAAAAGAUCCAUUUGACCAUCCAUUCUUUGCGAAAUUUAAAGCAAAAUUCGAUGCAAUUCGUGCGCCGCCAUCAGCUGUCACUAAGCCCACCGCGACGUCCAGUUUGACCAACCAAUCCAAAUUUACUGCCAGCCCGAACUAUGCCAAAUUUCAGGAAAACAGUGCCAAGGUGGGAGCCAAAACGGUAUAUGAAUACAAUUUUGGUCAGAAUCGAACAACGACGACGACUUGGCCCUACUCGACCAAAACCAGAACAGAUCUAAGGUUGAGCAACAAGAAUUAGAUUUAUGGUAGGGAAACUUGUAAAUAUUUUGUAUAAUGCGGCUAGUUAGGUUUGUAAAUGACAGAAUACUCAUAAAUUAUUAAUCUUAAGAUACAUAAUUAUGAUUUAGAUAAUAAAACUGAAAUGAAAUA